AUGGGAAUCUCUAAACCUGUGGAGGUGAAUACGGGUUCGGCUUGGGGAGGAAGUUUUAUGGAGGCAGCUAAGGAUCCCCAUGCAAACCCUAGUGUUUCGGCUACUCUGUUCAAUCAUGAAGGUGUGCAAACCGACCAGAGUACCCGUAAGGAUCCAGGUAAAUCUCCUAUUUCGUACGCUGAUACGGUUGGGGUUUCCACUUCCAGGAAAGUUAAUUUUCGGAACCUUGCUAGUCCCGAAGCUCAUGAGGGUUGUGAUGUUGUCUUGCCAAAGGAAUCGGUUAGGGCUGUUAAAGAUAAGCUGAUUAAUACGCUAUAUGGUUAUUUCCUUGGUGAUCAUGUUGCUUAUCCGGUAGUUGAGUACUUUGUGAGGAAUAACUGGAAGAAGUUUGGAAUUCAGAAAACCAUGAUGAACGCCAAUGGUUUUUUCUUUUUUAAAUUUGCUGAUGAGUCGGGUAUGAUGAAUGCUAUGAAAGAGGGGCCUUGGAUAAUCCGUUCUCAACCGUUGUUCCUCAAUAUAUGGUCACCUUCGUCAAAGCUGGAAAAAAAGGAAGUUAAAAUGGUGCAAAUUUGGGUUAAAAUACAUGACGUUCCUAUUGCGGCAUACACGGAGGAUGGUUUAAGCAUGAUUGCAACGGCUAUAGGUAACCCUAUUGUUCUAGACUCGUACACUACCUCUAUGUGUUUAGAUUCUUGGGGUAGGAGCAGUUUUGCGAGAGCGUUGGUUGAAAUUUCAGCUGAAAAGGACUUCAAAGAGGAAAUAGUGACAGCAGUCCCAAAUCUGGAGGGUGAAGGCUUUGUUAAGGAAAAAGUGUAUGUGGAGUAUGAAUGGAGCCCUCAUCGGUGCGCAUGUUGCAAGGUGUUUGGACACCAUGAUGGGGACUGCCCAAGACAACCUAAACAGGUCACGAAGGUUUCGGCUGCUAAUCAAAAACCUAAUCAGAUUCCUAAGUCUAAAGGGCCUUCAAAACAACCUGUGGUAGACAAAGAUGGGUUCACGGAUGUGGAUGCUAGGAAAACAGCAAAGAGGUCGGGAUUUCCAGUGAAUAAGCAAAAGCAGAGGUUUGAAUACCAGCCGGUUGGAGUUAAAAGUGGGGGAGGGGUGAUUAAAUCAGCCCCAUUGCCGAAAGGGGACUUGAACAAACCUUCAACGUCGAAUAGGUUUGUUUCUCCAAAUCCGUUUGAUGCAUUGAAUGAUACGGAUGCGGAUGGUCCGGAAGCUAAAGAGAACUCGGAGAAUAAUCAGGUGGAUUCAGACGAUGAGGAGGUUGUGGAAGUUUAUAACGAAAUGGAUCCUUUUAUUUUACAAGGCUCAAAAAAACCGAAUGAUAAACAAGGGGCAAGCACUCCUUCUACAGCGGGUUACAAUGGUUAG